AUUGACCUGUUGCUGCGAUCAGUGUGUGCCUGGGAUUUGGGCGGCAAAAUGCAGCUACCACCGCAUGAAGCUGCUGCCCACUCCUCGAAGAUGCGGCCCUUGCCAUCGGUGCACGGGGUUUUGUCUCCGGAGGUGUGUGCCAAGGCCUUCUUCUCGACCACUUCGGGGGAUUCCUUGAGGAACCACUUUGCCGAUGGUCCAGUUAAUGCGCAGAUGGCAAGGAGUUCAUCCUUUCAAUCCAUCCUGCAACCGCCGACCAGAUAUCAGCCGGGGGUAGACAGUGGCAUGAGAAGGUCAAUGUGUACGUACCAUUCCACCUUUACGCCUUGCUCUUUGGAUGCAUGGGGUCCCACGAAUGAGCUUCGGGAACUCUACAAGCAGCAGUCGCGGGGUGCUGGUGCCAAUGCUCCGAAACCUCCACUCUCAGCAGUCACGACAACGAAGUCCUCGUACCCUGCAUAUGAUGCCCAAGCUUCCAAUGCAGUGCUUAGCAAGACCCAGCGGCCCCAUGAGGUGGUGCAUGUGGAUCCCUCGGCCAAGUUCCUGGAAAGCUCUUCGGUUCUUCAUCGGGACUUCCGACGCUUUGAUCAGAAGCAGAUGCGGAGAUGCCACAUGAAGCCCGCAGCACCGCCACGGGAAGCAAAGCUGGCUCCGCCCUUGUGCCCCGACAAAGAGUCGCGCUUCCAAGGGGUGACCCAGUACCAACGGGACUAUGCCUACUGGCGCUGAUGGAUGGUCCGGUCGACCCCCAACGGAACCCUUGCGCCGCACCGGCUUGGCCAUUUUCGCGCGUGCGUGUGCCGUGUACAAAUAGAAGUGCAGAAAUGAAGGAUUUCCAACUGACCUCGUAUUUGUAGGGCGGAAGGUUGCAAACUUUUCCGAACACGGUUUCUCUCUCCACG